UCGCGGUCUGCUCGCUAGCAUGUCCGCAUAGCACCCUAGACCGCGGCACAUGGUUUCGUUUGUGGGGGGCAUUUUAUCCCGCAGCAGGUCUCAAAUUAGGGGCGUUCAAUGUAGGUGAAGUCUACUAUCUUGGUGGAGGAGCGAUGCAUGACGCGCAGGUUGGACUCCUCUAGUUCUCCCAACCUGAUAGCUAGUCGCUCAAAUGUCGACCGCCACGAGGCGAGCGCGCCCCACGGUGGUGCGCCCAUGGGGCAGCGUAUCCGCGGACGCCAUCGUGCGCCAUCUCAAUGGGCCCGCGCACCCUUCCGCCGAUCCCAACGCCAUGCUCCCCUUCUGGCUCCCCAAGACCACUUCCGCCUCUGGCGCACCCGCCAGCGCCGCCACACUCGCGGAAGGCGGGCUGGCGGGCGAGGGGGCGGAGGCUGCUGCCAGGAGCAGCGCGGAGGGGGGACAUGGCGGGGAUAGUGGUGGUGCAGGCGGGGGGGGUGGUGAGGGGCUGGGGGAGCGGUUGAGCAUGGGGAGCUGGCUGGAGAGCGAGGACGUGCGCGUGGCAGCGACGGAGAACGGCGAGCUGAUCGCAGUGGCGCUGGGGAGAACGCUGGUCAUUGCGGACGGACAUGGCGCGCAAGAUGGCAGGCCAGUGGAGCCAGUGGGGGUGCGGCCGGCGUGUGACAGCGACGACGCCAUAACGGCGCUGGAGUGGCUCACCUUCUCUGCCUUCAACCACCGCACCACCGCCGCCCUCGCCUCGCCCUCCCGCCCGCCCGGUUCCUUCAUGUGUCUGGCGGUGGGCACGGCAGUGGGGUUCGUGCUCGUGUACUCCGAGACCGGCGUGCUGCUCGCCAAGCAGAUGGUGCACACGGAGGCAGUGGUGCGGCUGAGGGUGCGCGGCAUGGAGGCGGGCAUGGUGCGCAAUGAUGGGUCGCAGGAGCUAUGCGCCAUCACGCGGAAUGCCACAUGCGUCAUCAACUCCAUCCAGCUGCAGAGCGUUGUGCGGCAGCGGGUGAUCCAGCUGGAGGACUCGGUGGCGGCCAAUGUGUCGCGCGGCAUCGCAUCGGCACUCAGCUUCAUGGGCGCGGGCCGCAAGGGCGGCCGCGACGACGAUGGGGGCACCUCGUCGGGACUCGCGUUCAAGAAGUGGCGCACGGGCCGCGCCACCACGAAGUGGAGCGACGGCGCUGUUGCUGGCACCUUCCCCUCGCCGCUCUUCCAAGUGCAGUCCCCCAAGCAGUCCUACUGCAUCGUGGCGGUGGGCCUUGACCCCACUCUUGCUGCCUUCGCCGCCACAGAGCAGGGUGGGUGGGUGCAGCUCGCCACCAACGUGGCCAGCAACGUUCGCUCUCGUGCUGCCUCCGCUGCCUCCGCUCUCUCUCGCUCCCUCUCCCGCACCCGUCGCUCCACCUCUCGGAUUCCCGAAACCCCCUCCUCCUCAUCCUCCUCCUCCUCCUCCUCCUCCUCCUCCUCCUCCUCCUCCUCCUCCUCGUCCCACGCCCAGCCUCGCCCCCAGCAGUCUCAGCCGCACAGCGCGUCCACGCCGUCGUCCCCCACGGCGCGCACCUCCAUCUCACGCACCUCCUCCAACUUCUCCUCCCCCCGCUCCACCACCUCCACCACCUCCUCCUCCUCGUCCAGCAGCGGCGGCAGCAGUGGCAGCAGCAGCAGCAGCGGCAGUGGCGGCAGCGGGGGCAGCGGGGAGGAUUCGGAGGGGCGGGAGCGGGUGGUGCCGGGGGUGGCGCUGGAGGUGGGCAGCAGCAUGGGCGUGGUGGCGGCGCUCAAAGACCAUUCGCGCCACGCCACGCGCCUCGCUGUCGCGCCCAGGGGCACGCUCAUGGCCAUUGCCGACAACCUGGGGCGCGUCAUGGUGCUCGACUCCCAGAUAUUCGCCGUCGUGCGCAUGUGGAAGGGGUACCGCGAGGCGGAGCUGGCGUUUCUGGAGGUGCCGAUCGUGAGCGCGGGCAUGACGUCCAUGGGGGGCGCGUCGCCCAACGUGCACCUGCAGCUCGUGCUCAAGCCGCGCAACCUCUCCAUGUGCCUCGCCAUCUUUGCCCCGCGCAGAGAAGUCGUUGAGGUGUGGCAAAUGGUGGGUGGGCCGCGCAUUGCUCUCUUCCGCUGCGCCAGCAACAGCCGUCUGCUGCAGCCAGCAGCAGUGAUCGGCGCGCCCCACACCACGGCCCCGCCUGACGCGCACGCACCGGCCGCGUCAGGCCAUUCUCUGGACAUCGCCAAGGGCGUCUCCUCCCUCCUGCACGGGUCCUCGCACACUGCCAGCGCUGCCAGCGCAGGCACGCACGCGGCGGGCGACGGCGUUUAUGGGCAGCGGCACCGUGCGUUCAUCCUGCACGGCAGCACCGGGCAGGUGUCGGAGAUUGUGCCCACCGUGCCACUCACGGGCAGCCACACAUCCCCAUUGGAGGCGGGCAGUCGGCCGGGGGGUGCGCUGACGGAGAGUGACAUCUUCCAGCGCCUGUGCGACCUGCUCAAGCUCAAGCGCAACUCGCGCGCCGCCGCCAUCGCCGCCUUCACCCACCUGCAGCACAAGGCUGCCGCCGCCGCCGCUGUCAGUGGCACGAAGAAAGGGGCGAAGAAGAAACGAGGGAAGAAGGGCGGACUGAGUGAGGUGAGCGAGGAGGAGGAGGACGAGGAGGAGGAAGGGGAGGAGGGGAGGAGGGAGGUGAAGACCAUGGCGAGGUGGAGGAGUAAGGCGAGUCUGGAAGGGGAUGAUGCAGAGGAGGGAGAGGGGGAGGAGAGGAGGGAGACAGGGACGGGUAGAAAGAGCGAGGGGAAGAGUAGCCGGUUAAAGGAGAAAAAGACCGAGGAUGGGGAGGACGAGGUCGAGGACGAGGAAGGGGAGGAAGGGGAAGAGGAGGAGGAUGGUGAGGAGGCAGACGAGGAGGACGAAGAGCUCCAGGGGCGGUUGUCUCUGCGCAUGCGCAGCUCGUUUGGGUGGGAGGGCAAGAAGGACGCGGAUGACGAGGAGGAGCAGUUGCUGCUGCUGAAGCUCAGCGCCGCGCUCACGUCCCCCGUGCGCAAGCUGCAGGUGCUGGACCUGCUCAUCGCUACGCGCCCCGCGCUGCCGGAGAAGUGCCACCUGGCGGUGAUGGAGGACGUGCUGGCGUGCGUGGAGGAGUGCGUCGCCUACAACCGCCACGUCAUUGCCACUGAGAGGCAGCAAGCACUCAGGCUCCAGCAGCAGGCGGCGCAGCAGGGGGGGGAGGGGGUGGGGGCAGCAGGGGCGGAGGGCGGGCUGGGGAGAGCGGCGCUGGAGGGUGCAUCGAGCCUGCUGUCUGGGGGGCUGGCCAUGUGGAACCGGCUGGGGCAGCGUGGCGAGGCGGGCAGCACGGCUGGGGUUGAGGGCGUGGCGCUGGAGAGGGAGAGGGAGAGAGAGAGGGAGAGAGAGAGGCUGAGGGAGAGGGAGAGGGACUGGGAGAGGGAUAGAGAGAGGGUCAGGGACAGAGAUAGGGAUAGGGAGAGGGACAGAGAGGGGGAUAGGGACAGAGAUCGGGACAGGGAGAGGGAUAGAGAGAGGGACAGGGAUAGGGAAAGAUUCAGAGACAGGGAGAGAGACAGAGACAGAGAAAGAGACAGGGAUAGAGACAGGGACAGAGAUAGGGAUAGGGAUGGCUACAGGAAUAGGGAUAGAGAUAGGUUUAGGGAUCGGGAAAGGGACAGGGAGAGAGACAGAGACAGGGGCAGCGUGAGGGAAAGGGAGGGGGAUUACGAGAGGGGUACGAGAAGGGGUGAGGGGCGUCGGGAGGUUGAGCGUGGGGGCAGGGAGGGUUCCCCAGGGCGCGGCAGGGAGGAGGCAGCAGCAGCGGGGGUGCUGGCGGGGGUGGGGGCGGGCGGCAGGAAGAUCCGGCGUGUGGACGAGAAGCUGCUGCAGUACCUGGAGCAGCGGUGCGGGCUGCUGCGCUGGCAGCGCCUGCUGCUCAAGGUGUUCAUCAAGCUCAAGCGCGACCCCGACGCCCCCGACCAGGACGACGCGGGCAAGGGGGGCAAGGGAGGGGGGCGCGAGGGCGAGGGGUCGGACAUGGAGGCAGAGCCGGAGAGGGCAGGGGGCAUGGGGUGGGAGCGGCGGUGGCGGCGGUGGCGGCAGGCGAAGGGCAAGGCGGGCAAGGUGAGUGAGGCGGAGGAGGCGGCACUGCUGGCGGAGUCGGAGGAGCGCAAGGCGCGGUACCAGGCGCUGGUGGCGGACCUGGGCGCGUGGAUCUCCCUGUGCGAGUCGGAGAGCGAAUGCAACUACCUGUGGAUGGAGAGCAAGGGCAAGGGGGGUGCGGGAGCAGCGGGGGGCAAAGGGGCAGGCGACGACACAGUGAACGCGCCCCCGGCGAGCGGUGCGGAUGAGGGGGAUGAGGCGGGUGAGAGCCCGCCCCCCCCCAUGACGUCCACUGACUUCCUGCGCGCUUUCGCCUUCGACCCCUCCUGGGACCCCCGCGACACCAGGGAGGCCCGCCAGAGGGCAGGCAGCAGCAAGGGGCGUGAGGCGGGCGUGGCGCAGGGGGAGAAGCAGCGCAGCAAGAAGGGCGACCUGUUCGGGUGGGGCAGCGACGGCGCGACGGGCGACGACCAGGGCUUUGGCAUGUGGCUGGCGCGGGGCAGCGAGCCCGGGGACGUGCGCGCGCUGGCGCAGUUCGUGAUGGGCGGCAUCCUGCAGGGCGAGGCGGGCAUCCGGCGGCUGUUUGAGAUCAUGGACGUGGUGCGGCUGUCGUGGGAGGACUGGCAGUGCCUGUUCUUGCUGUGGUUCCGCAGUGUGAAGGUGGACGAGCUGCUGGCGGUGGACCUGGACAUGCUCAUGGACGUGCUGCACCGCAUCAGCGCCCGCAUGCCCCACCUCGAGGCCCGCCUCGCCCUGCCAGGCGGCUGGCACUUCACCCCCGCUGCCACCGCUGCCGCCGCCGUGCACGGCCGCCCUGCUGUUGCUGCAGGGACAGAUGGAGGGGCGGGUGCUGGAGGGCGUGCGGGGGGAGGGGGGAGUGCAGGGCAGCAGGUGCAGGUGGCGGUGCAGGGCGGGGAGGGUGCGGCAGGGGAGGGGAUGGGGGGCAAGGCGGAGUCGAAGGAGAAGCUGGAGAAGGCGCCUCCGGGCGGGCGGUACCCGCUGUUCCACGUGUGGUGCCACGACACGGGCGCGGUGGCCAAGGGGCUGUUCCUGGCGCGGCUGUGCGCGCAGGUGUGCAAGGAGGACCUGCAGCAGCUGGCUGCUGCACUCAUGAAGGGGCAGAUGGGCACCCGCAAGAGGCGGCCCAGGCGGCGCAAGGGCGAGGACGAGGGCGAGGGGGGCGACGACGAGGGCGCAGAGCUGGACGACCAGUGGCUGCAGCUGGCCCGGGAGGAGACGUGGAUCGAGCGUGGCCUGGAGCAGUGGCUAGCGCUGGCGAACCGAGUGGACGACGCGUGGAUCCUGGGGCGCUCCCUGGCGCACAUCUGCAAGCUCUCCACGGCGCGCGGCUACCCCCUCACGCGCCCGCGCGUGCCGGCAGCAGCGGAGGUGGGGUCGUUCGCGGUGGCGCAGUGGGUGGCGAAGCUGCAGCUGCUGAUCUCGCCGUCCGCCAUCGUGGUGCAGCACCUGCACCGCUCGCUGCUCAAGAUCGGGCGCCCCUCGUCCGCGCGGCAGCUGGGCAUCCGCCUGCUGGAGGAGGGCAAGAAGAUGGAGGCCGGCCAGGGCGGCAGAGAGGCCCGCCGUGGCCGCCGCAGGCGCGAGGGGCGGUGGGGGGAUUGUGAGGGGGUGUGGGGAGGAGGACGCGUCGUCGGUGGUGGACGGCAACAGUCCCGCCAGCCCCAGGGGCUCCACCAGCGGCAGUGGCAGCGACUGGCGCCACGGCGGGUCCGAGAGCGGUGGCCGCCCAGGGGGAGGGGAGGGCGAGGUGGGGGAGCGGGGGAGAGGGAAGGAGGUGGUGGUGGCGGCAACAGUGGGCCUCUGGGGCGGCGGGCGGGGAAGAAGCCAGUGCACAAGGGCAGCAGCAUGCUGCGCGCGCGCAAGCUGCUGCUGGCGGGCGAGUCCAUGGCGGCGUCCAGCGUGGACGAUCUGGACGACCCCGACGCGCCCGACGACGACGACGCCAGCACCGGCAUGCGCCACCGCAUCAUGGGGCGUGUGGGCAAGCGAAGCAAGCCCAAGGCAGGUGGCGGGGGGGGGUACGGCGGCGAGGCAGAGGAGUGGGCGGAGGGCGGGGGGGAGUACGCGGAGUCGUGGAAUGGGGAGGUGGAGGUGGAGGAGGAGGCAGUGGCGGACCCGAUUGACGAGGUGGUGGAGCGUGAGGAGGUGGAGGAGGCGGUGGAGCUGCUCAAGGAGAUGCUCGUGCGCUUCCCCGACGCCACGCACACCGACAUCCUCGGCGCACACCGCUCCAUGGAGCUCUGCCGCCAGUGGGGCCACGCCGUGGGGCUCAGCGACCCCCUCGCCGCCCCCGCUGCAGCGCCUGGUGGUGCUGGCGACAUGCCCAUGGGGCCGUCGUGCGGGCCGCCCCCGACGGUGCGCGGGUACGAUGCGGACGCCAACGACCUGCUGUUCUUCACGCACGAACACGUGUCCACGCUGUCCACCGUGGCACUCAAGGGUGGCAUGGUGUGCCGCAUCUGGAACACGCUUGCUGGCAGCCGCGCUGCAGCGGGCGUGUCGCUCAUGCAGACGCUGGCCAGGGCCCCGUCCGAUGAGGAGUGCGAAAGGGCCAGCGGUCUGGGGUGCACAACGACAGCGGAGGCAGCAGGGUCGCUGGGGGCGUACGAGGCGCUGCUGGUGCUGCUGUUCGACUGCACACUGCUGUCGGAGGCAGGCGACGAUUCGGACCGCGCCACGCAGGAACACGAGGUCUUCCUCUGCAACAUCGACGACACGUGUCGCGACGCCAUUCGCGAGUUCCGGCGCAACACGCCAAGCAGCGAGCGCGUGCACGAGUACAUGCUGCUCAUGCGCACCGUGGGCGUCGCCAUGGCGCUCAACGUCGACUACGUGCCCCUCGCCGCCAUGUUCCGCUCCGGCCUCCUCGCCUCAUUCCCCAACCUCAUUGCACCGUCCUUGCCCGACACGGAUGACGGGCUGGACGAGACGAAGCGGGCGGAGAUCCGCCUGCAGUUCCUGCUGGCCGUCAUCCUCGCGCAGCUCAGGCACGGCCCCGUCACGCGCCCCGACCACUUCCUCGCCUCCACGUCGCGCACGGGCAGUGGCACGCGGCUGCGCGUGUUUGAGGCGCGCUACAAGGGGUCGUCAGCGUUCAUGCUGGCGGGCGACCUGGGCGUGCCGCACGAGGAGCUCAAGCGCCGCCAGGUGGCGCUCAAGUACCUCAAACAGUGAUGGGACACGCAUUCUGCAACACGUGCAACCAAGUCACUAUUUUGGGGUUUUUGUUGGUUUAUUAACGUUAUUGGCAGGUGACAGUUGCCGUUGAAAGUUGGUCUGAACCUGGGGAUGUACCCACGAGAUUCUCCCCAGAGUGCAUGAAUGUGGGCCUCCGUUGCAGUCUUGCUGUGCUAGAGCAGCAACAGUAGUGCUGAAAAACACUAGAACCAGUGUGCUUGCAAGC